AUAAUUCUUUAAUAUAAAAAAUAUUAUUUGUAUGGUUAAAAUUAUAUAAAAAUGAACGUAAUGAACACGGAAAAUUUGGGAGGUCGAGGUAGAGGAAGACGCGGCCGGGUACGAGGAAAAAUCGGUACAUUGGGAACCAUUCAGCAAACAGUUAAUAUAUUGCCGAAGUAUUUGGUUCAUGAAGCAAGAAGACCUUUGGUGAAUCUUGCUCCAUCAAGUUCGAGUACAACAGUAACCCCAAAAGUAGCUAGGCGAGGAUACGGAACGACAUCGUCAUCUGGAAGAGGGAGAAGUUCUGGCCGUGGUAGAAUUACUGAUUUUAGUUCGGGUACUGGGAGGAUAACGACGUCAAGUAUCUCAGAUGUUCAAGAAAGAUAUGUAAUAAUGGCAAUUACCUCUGGCCGUGGUGAAGCUAGAGGAGAAGUUGGAAUGGCGAUCAUGGAUGUACAACAUCCCCACAUGAUAAUUUGUCAAAUAAGCGACUGCAAUUCAUACAUUAACACACUCACUAAAAUACAUACCUACAAUCCAAUCGAAAUUAUAAUGCCAGACACAAUGUGUGAGGCUGGUAAUAAUUUAUACACUACAAUUAGAAGAAGAUUUGAAGAUAUAGACAUUUCUGGAGUCAGUCGUAUACAUUUUUCUGAUACAAUCGGUUUAGAGAAAAUUAAAACGCACUGCGCUCCAGAAUUUUCAUCCGUUGAACUUGCAGUCCAUCAAAAAUAUUACGCACUUGCUGCAACAGCAGCUUUGAUAAAAUACAUAGAAUUUAUCCAACAUGUUCAAUAUAUGCCCCAGUCAAUGCGGAUAGAGUAUGAAGGCUCUCAAAAUAAUACGAUAAUUGACAUUGAAAGCGCGCAAAGCUUGGAAUUAAUUACAGCUCAUGGAGGCCAGCCAAACUUCUGUCUUUUUGGAGCUCUUGAUCGAUGCUCAACACCAAUGGGUCGGAGAUUACUGAGAGCUUCUAUUCUUCAGCCUCCUUGUAACGUUGAUAUUAUAACUGCUCGACAAAAGUGUAUUGAAGAAUUCGUCAAUAGUCGAUCAGUCUUUUCAAUUACCCAACCUAUUGUUCGACGUUUGUAUGGAGUUAGUCGACUUCUCAGUUUAGGAAUAACUUCACUUGAAGGCGAUGCAAUUCAAAAAGCUGAAAGAAAUCUUAAUUAUAUAUUGUUGUUAAAAAAUACUAUUGAUAUAAUACCUGAAUUAAAAGCAGCUCUAAGUACUACUCAAGCGGAUUUUUUUCAAAAAGUUAAAACUGAUCUUGAAGAUACUCGUUUUGAAAUGAUGAAAGAAGCAAUCUUGAAAAUCGUCCAUGAAGACGCGAUGUCUUUAAUGGGAUAUUCUUCAGCAAACAUGCAAAGAUGCUUUGCUAUUAGACCUAAUAUCAGCCAGCUAUUAGAUAUUGCUCGACAAGCUUAUUGUGAAUUAAUUGAUGACAUGCAGUCUAUGGUUUUAAAAUUAGGUGAAAAAUAUUCUCUUCCAUUGACUCUCAGUUGUAACAUGUCGUUUGGUUAUCAUAUUCAAAUGGAUAUAUCAAAGCGUAAAUUUAAAGAAGAAAAUUUGCCCAGUGAAUUUAUAAUGCUAAAGAAACAAAGAAAUUUGGUUCUCAUGACUGUAGAGCCACUUGUUGUGAUGGGUACUCAUUGUAAAGAUGCUUGUGAAGAAAUACACAUAAUGAGUGAUGUAGUAAUGAUCGACGCAUUAACCGAAAUAAGAAAUCACAUUGGCUGUUUGUUCCGUCUAAACGACAAUAUUGCAGAACUAGACCUCGUGUUGUCUUUAGCUCAAAUAAGUUCUAUAUCAGAUUACGUAAAACCAAUAUUCGAGUCAGAACUUGAAGUUCGUAACUCGAAACAUCCUGUAAUGGACAUACUUGGAGUUGAAUCUCCAACACCCAAUGAUAUAAUUGCUUCAGUUCAUUACAAUUACCACAAUAUAACCGGCCCAAAUAUGGGUGGCAAGACAAUUUACUUGAAGCAAAUAAUUCUUUUGCAAAUAAUGGCACAAAUAGGGUGUUAUAUACCCGCUACAAAAGCUGUGUUUCGAGUUGCUGAUAGAAUAUUCUGCAGACUUGGAGAUCGAGAUGAAAUUGAGUUCAAUGCGUCGACUUUUAUGCUUGAAAUGAAAGAAGCGCAGUAUAUUUUGCAGUCCAUCACACCUCAGUCGUUAGUUGUUUUAGAUGAAUUAGCUAGAAGUACUACAGUCGAAGAAGGAGCAUCUAUUGCUUGGGCAAUAAGUAAACAGCUUUUGAAGACACAAGCAUUUAUUUUUAACGCUACGCAUUUUUUAUUUUUAUUGAAACUUGUUGAUCUGUAUCCAAAUGCAACAAAUCAUUACAUGGAAGCUCUUUUAAAAAACGAUGAAAUUGAUCCUCUUCAAAAAAGACUUAUUUACACUCACAAAUUAAAGCAAGGUAUUUCAAAAAUAGAUCAUUACGGAAUAACAUUAGCCCGAUCAUCAGGUUUGCCUCAAAGUAUUGUAGACGAAGCUCAAGAAUUAGCCCUGACUUUUUCUAAAAAUCUAAUACUCAAACAAACAAACGAUAUGACUGAGCGCGAGCGUCGAGUAGUUGCUCAGCGUAAAAUAAAUUACGACGCGAUGAUUGCAAUAUACAAAGAGUUCUCAAAAGAAACAGUAGAUACUGAGUACAUUUAUCAGAUAAUGAAGAAUAUCAAAGAAAUUGAUUACACUGGUUGCGAAAUUGCUGAUCAAAAUGAGCAAGUUUCAGUUUUGUCUACUUUGACAGCGCGGACAGAAAAAGCGAAGAACAAACAACCAGAACCCAUGAGUCAGGAAGAAUUUAAAAAACCAAAAGAUGUUCAGCCUCAGUUGGCCAAAAAAGUAGUUUCUAAUCAAGAAAAUGUUCAACCGAUUAAAAGAUUCUUAGUUCCUGGGUCAGAAUUUGAAGAUUCUAAAAUUCCGGCUAAAAUUCCUAAGCUUGCUUCGCCUUUAAAAACUUCCACUCCGUUUUCUAAAAAAUCAGUCGAUAUAAAGCCGCUUGCAGAGAGAAAUUAUGACCAAAGUAUGAAUUCACUUUUAAGUUCACUUACUAAUAGCAAAAAAAUAUUAGCGAAUCCUUUUAACGAUCCAGAUUCUCCGCUUUUUAUUCCUAAAUCACAACCAAGUGUUUUUAAUCCUUCACAAAAUGAUUGUUUGUCGGAAUUACGAUCUCCGUUAUUAUUAAAAGAUAAAUCGCGGAUUAAUUAUUCAAAAGUAGACCCGCGUUAUCACGUUCCUAAUCAAUUCUACGGAAUUCAAAAGCUUUUUAAGCAAAUAAGCUUGUCUCCUGAAAGCAAGCGCAAGCAGCAAGACUCCUUUGAUACUUCAUCAAAAAAUCAAACUUUAUCAGAAAAUUUGACUGAAAAUUUAAUAACUAAUCCCGCGAUAGCCAGCACUUCAAAAACAGAAGCGCAAUCAGUAAAAAUUAACACUUCGACCUGCAUUCCGGAAGAAUACACUUACAUGCGACACAUAUUAAAAAAUUUACCCUGGCAGAAAAAUUUGGAGCAAUUGAAAGAAGAAUUUAAAACGGUAGCGAGCAAAGCUGAUAAUUUUUACUUCUCUUCGGAUGUCGUGGCGAGGAAUGCUAAUCUUCCGACGAAUGAUCGGGAGAAUAUAGAACAUCUUUUGAACUAUCAAUCGCCGUCAAAGUCGACUAUUGAGGAUGGUAAUCCUUUGGAUUUUUGCCAAGUGUUGACCACUGGACCCUCGGACCUGGAUAGAAUGCUUUCGAGAGAAAUAAAGGAAAAUAAUUAUGAGUUGACUCCGGAUACAUCGCAAACUUCAGUUACUACUGCGGCGGCGAGGAGGCUUGCGAGAAAAAAAGAAGCUGAAAUUUUUAAGUUGAUUGAGGGCGAUGCUUUUGAUGAAGAAAGCUUUCUUUGUUCUGAUAAAUCUUACAUAAGUAUUGAGUAAUUAUGAAAAUUAAGUU